UCAAUAAUUAAAUAAGUCAAAUGAAAGUGCAAAACAGAAAAGAAGAAGAAAAUAGAUCAAAGAAAUCUGAGUCUUUGACUUUCUUCAAUCACGUUUCAUUGUCUCCUCCAUUUGUCAUCUCAAAGAUUCAACUCAACUUCCCCUAAAACAAAGGCUCUUUCCACUUCAAUCUCACACCCAAAAAUCUAGCAAUUUUCCACUCUGAUUAUUGUCCUUUAUUUCUUGUCAAACAAGAAAUGAUGAUUUUGAGAAGUAAUGCACUAUUUCUUGUUCUAAUCUUGGGGUUUUCGUUGACCCAAAUUCAGUCUCUACGAUUUGAAAUAGAAUCAGGUCAUACAAAAUGCAUAUCUGAAGAAAUCAAAGGCCAUUCCAUGACUGUAGGAAAAUAUCAUAUCAUUAACCCAAAUGAUGGCCAUCCUUUGCCUGAUACCCACAAAGUCACCGUCAGGGCAACAUCUGAACAUGGAAAUAGCUAUCACUAUGCGGAAAAUGUCCAUGAGGGGCAUUUUUCUUUUGAGACUGUGGAAGCUGGGGAUUAUCAGUCUUGCUUUGUUGCUGCUGAUCACAAGCCUCCGGUUAAGUUGACUGUUGAUUUUGAGUGGAAAACUGGUGUUGCAGCUAAGGAUUGGACAAAUGUUGCCAAGAAAGCCUCUGUUGAGGCAAUGGAGUUAGAACUAAAACAUAUGGCUGAGACUGUCCAAGCCAUCCAUGAUGAGAUGUUUUAUCUCCGAGAAAGGGAAGAAGAAAUGCACGACCUUAACAUAUCUACCAACGAUAAAAUGGCUUGGAUGACUGGUCUGUCCAUUCUUAUAUGCUUGUCUGUGGCAGGUUUGCAGUUCUGGCAUUUGAAGACUUUCUUUGAAAAGAAGAAGCUUAUCUGAAUCAUUCUGAUUUUAUGGUACUCCAUUUUCCGUGUAUAACUUUUACAUAGACAACAUAGUUAAAAGAUUGACUCAGUGUGAUGUAUGGUUUAAUUGGGAAUACACUCAUUGAUCAAUUAUCAAGCAAUCAAUUAUUUCUCAACCUAAA